UCCUUCUCCUGAAAAGCUGUCUCAACCGACGCCCGCUAGCCUUCUCCACGGAUGAAUGAAUCUGUUGGCUUUAUGUGGAAGAAAAAUCCUCCACCAGAACUAUUAAAGAUUGCACGGAUGGAAUAUGUAAGUCUUAAAACAUAAUUUCUCAAUGCACGGUGAGCCUAUGAGUGAUUGUAAACAGAGGCCAUAUGGGAUGGGUCCAAGUGAAUUUUCAUGAACAGAUGCCUAGGCUAAGUAUAUGCACUUCCCAGCUCCUCUGAGCACACUGUGCAUUAUUUAUGCAACAGUGAAUCAUUCCCAUUUGGCUGCCACGUUAGAGCAGCCAUGGAUAUUUUUUCAUAAGAGCAUCACAUAGCAUGACACCACACACACUUUCCUCCAGGUGUCGCUGUCGUCUCACCUGGUUUUCUCUGUGGUCUCCCUCAGAGAGCCAAUCUUCAGCUUCCAGGUCUUAAUCCUACUUCCCUGCUCUUUCUUUCCUACUUCUUCUUUCUCCUGGAGAGACACAUAGAUAGUUGUCAAUAUAGACAUAUAUACAGACUCAUGCAAAAAACAUUCACACAUAGGCACAAACAUACUUUCACACAGACAUACUCUACACACACAAAUACGAAAAUACAGCUUAAUUAUUUGUGUCUAUUUGAGUGUGUACAAUUUGAGCAAGUGUGUGUGCAAGUGUGUCCAUGCAUACCUGCAUGCUUGUGUGCAUGAGUGUGCGUGCACGCAUGCAUACGCGUGUGUGUGUGUGUGUGUGUGUACAUGCAUGAGUUUAGUUUACAUAAUUUUACCUGCUUUUUGUCAUCCUUGGGCUGUUCAAGCAGGUCCUCUAUACUCAGGUACCGCCGUCCAGACUCUUCCUUCACCUUUCCUAAAACACACACAAUUCACAACCCUCAGUUUCAACCCUAAUAACCAAUGAUGACUCAGUAUUUCCCAGUGUACACUGUGGGAAGUAAAAUUGAAGGAUCACUCACUCAGAUAUCCCAUCAUGAGUCUUGUGUCCGAUGCUGACCUCCGUCGAAAAUGCUGAUGCACGUUACUAUUAUUUUUAAAUGAUUGGCAGGGUAAGUCCUCAACAUAAUCUUUAGCAUUAAGUCGUCUUUCAUUGGCAGAGCGGCCACCCUCCUCAGCAGCCUUGCAGUCACACUGGCUGUGUUGUGAAUUCUAUACAGAUAGAAACAGCAGGUCAAAUGUUGAUUACGGUAAUAAUGACCUGUUAUGCUGACUGUGUCAAUUCUCACAGCAAAUAAACUCAAAUACUGACUUAUUAGAAGCUUUAUCCACAUGAUUCUCUAUUUAGACUCUUCAUGACCUUUGGAUAAUAACAUUACAAAAGAGGAAUCCUUGGGGCGGAAGACUAACAAUUUGUAUAAGGAUUCAAAAUGAUCUUGGCCAAAAUCUUUAAAUAAAGGAUAUAUUUAAAUAAAGGACCCAAUGGGACUGCCCUCGCUUCCCAUCUGACACAGAACUGUGACGGACAACACAGCAGACUGCUCAACACAACACCCUCAUAAUCAAUCUGCCUGGGCAGCACUGCACCAGGUUGGCUCCAUUCCACUCAUGCCAGUGGCUGACUGAUCACCUGGACAGAUUGGUUCACAGUAUGACACACUACAAUAUGAACAAUAACAACCCACAGGCAUCAAAGGGAUUCAGACAAUGUAUUUAAGUGUCUGUCUGUCUAGCUUUGUGUCUGUUUGUGUGUGUUGCAACUGUAAACUGUGAUAAAGGGUAAAGGCUCAUUUACACCUCCCUGACUUUCCUUCAGUCCACUGUAAAAACAGACAUGGAACAUAAAAAUGUAUGGACGAUACACAGCUUGAAAAUGACAAUGGACUUCCGUCCGGCAUAUUGCGUAAUAUUUUUUGGCGUAAUAACAUGUCGGUACAAUCCAAUUUGAAUGUUUGUUCAAUACAUUUGUGAAUAAUAUGUCAAAUGACUACUGAAGAUGUCCUAUGUACAAAAAAUCUGCCAAACAAUCAGCUGGUUGAGAUUUGGGGAAAAACUUGGCAAUAUUGAUCACUCUGUCUCAAACUAGAUUGCUUUGAAGGAAGACAGUCAGAGAAUCAUAAGAUUGAAAUAAACAACUCAUUUCAAUGUACACCCACCUCUGUGUCUGUCUGAGGAGGCAGAGUGUUGUGCUGUGGGGAGAGGCCUCCUCUGUGCUGCAGCAGCUCUGUUGAGGCCUGUUCAUCCACAACUGACAGACUGACUGUCCUCCUCAGACCAGCACUCCCUGACCUGUGACCUGCCCUCUGGUUAUGGGUCAUUGAGUGUGUUGAGGGUAGUGAAGCCAUGUGACACUGCCGUCGUGACACGUGUCUCUGUUUCCAUGCCUCAGGACCUGCCGCCUGCCACUUGUGUCUGUCCUCCGCAGUGCCUGCUCCACUUUUCGGUGUAUGACCACAGCCUGUGGCCUGUGGCCCUGAGCCCUGGUCCUGAGGCAGAGCAACAGGGAGGAAGAGGAGCAGAAGGAUGGCAGAGAGAGGACAGGAGAGCAUGGAGGAGAGGUAGAGGGGAGUCCAUCCUCGUCCCUGAUUGAAGUUGAGACAGGAUCAAUAGCUGUAUUACACAUGGACACAGACGGAGGGGAGGAAGGGAGAGAAGCCUCAGAGCUGGUUAUUAGAGCUGGGCUUAGAGAAGCCCAUACAGUCUGAAGUGAGUUUGUGAUAUAGAAUUUGAAACAUCCCUGAAGUUCCGCCUAUAUCCUCAUGACAUGCCUCGUCAUCUAUCAUCCAUCCUGUCACAGCGGUGAUGCUGCAUGCAUGUGGAGGGCUGCGUGGGCACGGCUGUUCCCUGGCAUAUCUCUGUGGUCUGUGUCUGGGAACUAUGACUCCCUCUCACCUGAGACCACAACUCCUCCCACCAAACACCAUCAAACUCAGGUAUGACAGAAACAAGUCAUGACAAAGCCAAAGUGAUAGCAACACUAUGUGUCAGUCCCACAUACUGACUGUGGGGCUUCUCAACCAGUUAGCUGCUGAUGAAACAUCCAUGUUUUUCCUGAAAAAUAAGAUGAUACUUGUUAUGACAUUUACAAUAAUACCUUAUUCAGUACAUGCCAAACCUCUUGUGUGUGAGUGGGUAGGUGUGACAUACUGUACACUGUAAAAAAAAAAAAAAAAGUUCAACUUUUCAGUAAGUGUUACCUGAACUUAGCUCCAACAUGAGAAAAUGUAGACAAAUUCAGUCAACUUAAAAUAAUGUUUUUGCUCAAAUUGUCUCAUAUGUUCAUUCAACUAGAAAUUAUUAUUUGGGCAACUUACCUAAGAAAAGGCUGUGGAACUAGUUAAACACACAGUGCUUUUAACAUUAGGUUUGUACAUAGUCUACAACUCCAGAGGCUGUGUCCUAAGCAUAGCCUCAUAGUCUAUCACUUUAUUUUUAAAUUAGGAUUUUCACUAUUAUUUGUUUUGUGUCAGUGUUUUGUGUCAGUGUACUGUAAACAAUGAUGUGAAAUGCAAUUUUCACUUUGGAAUAUGAUGUUAAAAAAGAGGAGUACAAAUGAGAAGUUCGACCUUUUUAGCUGUUACUAUUUUAUUCUACACAAGGAAAUAUCCCAGCCAAUGCUGCAAUGCUGCUGUAAUUCACCCGGUGUCGCUAUAGACCAGUAUACUUUCAUGCCACAAACUUGAUAACCUUUCAGAUAUCUAAUUUUAUUUCAAAAUUAAUAAUUAAUUCAUCAUUUCAUGUAUUUAUCUAUUUUCCCAUAGGCAAAUGUAAGAUCUGAUAAUUAAAAGUGGGUGAAACAUGUAAGAUGGCUAAAAAAACAAACUAGGAGGGUUUGUGUAAAAAAAACAAAAAAACACCUGGCUAUAGUAUCGAAUAAGAAAAAAUAUAUAAAAUAAGCCUAUUGAAUAUGUGAAAUAACUAUUAGGAAGGAUAGACUGGUUUGUUUAGUCAAAUGACACUUGACACCUGUUUGACCAUAAGGUGCAUGGGAAUGUGUGAGGGCGGUGCGUAUUUGCCACUGCGGAAUGAAGCAACAAGCUGUAGCCUACAGUACAGUACACAACAACAACAAGCUGUAGCCUACAGUACAGUACACAACAACAACAAGCUUUAAAAUGUUGGGGGCAAAAGGCGAGCAGAUGAUCUUCACAAUGGCAACAAUGAAAUGACGGAAUAAUGGAUCCUUGACCUGGUCUAGACGUUGACGACAUAUCUCUGCGCACAGUCCACAUCCUGACAACCAUCCGCAAACACUACAAAGUGCGUUACUGUCAGCCCCCCGGCCCCAGAUCUCGAGUCCGGUUCUGAGGUACAGUACGGUCAACAUGGAGGAAUUCCCCCCAAAAUUCAGUAAGGUGCUGGUGACACCUGAUCCGCACUACAUACCGGGGUAUGCAGGUUACUGUCCCCAGCUGAAGUACCACCUGGGGACGACCUACGGCCAGCUGACAGCCAAGUUGCUGUCCUCUCCGGAGGUGUCACGCUCGCGUCGCCUGGUCCUCCACACGGGCCGCUUCCCCUCCACAGAGACAGACACGGGCCCACGGGACGAGAUCUGGAGGAGCCACCAUGGAGAACGCAGGAAUCUGGAGAGGAUGAUACCGGGCUACACUGGCUUUGUUCCCAAAAGCCAGAACUACUUCUCCCGUACGUAUGCCGAGACGUGUCGCGAGGCCCUGUCUGAGUUUGACCGGGACCAGCAGAGGGUUCGCCUGGCAUCAGCAAUACCGCUUGUCAGCAACAACACCAUCUCAGAGUUUAAACCUCGGAGACUGAGCACCCCUCUGACGGCCAUCUCUAAAGAGCCAGCCCCCUACAAGACCAUGGACCCCUGGAAGCCCAAAGGCUCUCCGUACUUCAUGGCAGACAGCAGUCCACACAAGUACUUCAUCUCAGGUUUCUCAGGGUACGUGCCCAAAUCUCGCUUCUUGAUUGGGACGGGCUACCCCAUCACCACCAACAAGGCUCUGGUUCAGUUUGGGAAGGAGAUGAGGAGGGACCCCACCUUCCUGAAACUCCCUGGGGAGGAAUCAGGAGCCCUGCCCCCCAUCCCCACUGUCUACCCCUCCCACCGGGGACUUCUGCCCUCCUACACCGGCCAUGUUCCAGGAUACAAGUUCAGGUACGGCCAGACCUUUGAGAAGCUUACCCACAAUGCCCUGGGGCUGAGCGGCACUCAGAGGAAGAUUGAGGCCAGAGCCCAGUAAUGGAGGAACCAUUCACCAGACAAUCACAAGGACCAGGGUAGAGAACUGAGUGACAAAUCCAAGGACUUUGAAAUAACAGCGUCUGUGAAAAAGCAAAACUUUGGUCUGUGGACUAUGUACAUCCCAGGGUGAAAAAUAAUAAUGGCCCAAUUUUCUUUGUAUGAGCAGAACAUUUAGCAAUAUCAUUUAUUUUACAAGUGAAUGUGGAGUACAAGUCACAAGAUAACUUAUUGAUUUAUCUUUAUUUGCAAAGGUUGAUUGUCACAGGGAAUUUACACUCAGCGGGUGCAUUCUUUCUCUAAGGUUGUAGGGUAAGGAUAGUUAGGUUGGGGAGGAAAGAUGAGAGGGGUUUGAUAAACUCACUUUCACAUUAUUGCAGAGGUUAUAAUAACCAAGUCAUUCCUGUCACGCCAUUUCAAACUUCAUGUUUCUCCUUAGCUUAGUAGUACUGGCCUAUCAAAACAGUGUACACCUGAAACACACCAUGAUAGCUUAAUAUUGUGCAAACACACUCAAUUUGGAGACUAACAGUUCCACAAAUCUAAAAUUUGAUUACCUAAAUAUUUACAAAACUCCACUUCUCUAUCAUAAAAAACAAUAUAUUAGGACAUUGAUGUAGGUAGAAGAACCACACAAAGUAGUAGGAUUAAAUCAGCACCUAAUGACUCCUUGAACAUACAUGUAUAUAUUUUUUUUACACAUGCACAGAAAUUUUACCAUGCUAGUCUGGAUUACCUCACAAACAUGUAUUGACUUUGUCUAGUUGAAUAUGAAGGCAACCUAAUUUUGGAAGAUAAGCCACUGUACAAGGCUGCUGAGUGGCAUAAUAUUUGGCACUAGUUAACAUGGCUAGUAAAGAUUGCCUUUCUGCAUUUUUUUGUUGACAUUCCAUUCGCACAUAGAAUAGACAGGGCAUAGGGGUUGGAAGGUAGAGGACAGAUUGAUACUAUUAGGAGAAUAGGAUGCUACUGUAUGGUAUGCAUGCAGGUCCAUUAAAUACUAAUUGGUUUCUUAUGGAGAGUCUGGAAUGGUCCACAAGGCUUUCAGAUCCUAAGGCAAGAUGUAGCAUAGGUGGAGCCUCUCAUUGACCACAGUUUGAUUGACAGGUGCACAGGGAGAAUCUAUUCCAUGAAUCCCAAUUCAUGACAGAUGAACAGAAGCACAAUAUAACUAAACAUCGGAGAGUUGUUAUUUGGGUAAAUGUAUCACCCAUGCUCAGACAGUAACAAAUGGUCUACUGUGCUUUUCUGAUCAGUGUGAGUGUGUUCUAGCUGAGGUGUCUGUGUGUAACACUUUGCACUAUAAGACUGACUCAGGAUCAUGCAGUUGACAUUUUUGGUAGUGUAUCUUUUCUUCUCCCUGCCCCUCUCCAUUGUGGUCCUGGGCCACUAGGUGUAUGUUUGGUGUUUCCGGUCAGGCUGUUUCCCUGACCAGACUGUAUGGGCCAACAGGCCCAGCUGAGAGCUGUCCAACUGCAGCCACUGUGAAGGUCUCCUGUAAGACAAGAGAAACACAGUUAUUAAGGAGCAACUGUAAUAACAACAUAGGAACAGGUUAGCCAUAGUUCAGUCAUAAAUGUUGACCUUUUCUGGGUCUGUGUCCCAUUGGGGUUUUGGGGUGCCCUCUGUUUCCUGGCGGGGUGGUCCCUUCCUGAUCCAAAGAGCUUGGCCCAGCGUAGCCCACCCUGGGAAGGGCUAUCAUCCUGUGGGUCUGCCGUCAUCCUGGGGGUCUCCGGACCCCUUCCCUCCCUCCUGCCCUCCUGUGAAGUCUCCUCUUCUCUCCUCCCCUCCAUCCCCUGCUGAGGCUCAGGGUGGAUGACAUGAUUGUAAAUCUGUCCACAUUCCACCCUCUCCGCGUGGGAAGGUUGUCUCUGCCAACACCCUGGAAUAGCGGCUGACCACAGGCUCCUGCUAGACUCACCUACAGGCCUCACCCUCUUCUCCUGACCCAUGGCCUUUGAAACCUGGGAGGACCCCUGAAAAUGCUGUACCAGCUGGUGUGGGUCACCUGUUGGCCUGCUGUUCUCCCUGGGUCCAUCCAUAGAGCUAUACGCCCCCUGUCUGUCUUCUCUGUCUCCUUUCAACAGGGGACAACUGGUCAUGAGAAAAAUGGAGCAUGGUGGAGCUUGUUCCUCAGAGCAGAGCUGUCUGUUGUGUAGCAGGCGGGGCUCCAGCAGCAGGUUGAGAUCAAAGGGUAACAUGGAGAGAGGCUGCAGCAGGAGGAGGAGCUCCUGGAACAGAGGUUGACACUGCCCCUGCGACAUGGCGAGGAAACCCCAUGGAUGGUAGUGAGCUUUCACCACCUCUGGGGAGAGGAGAGUUUGAAAGCGUAUGAGAGAGGGAAGUUUCAAUAACAUCAUUUUUUCUAAUAACAAUUUGGAGAAAAGGAAAAAAUAGCCUGUCCUUUAAUCUAAACACCUUUUUGGUUGUAGAGGUGAUUCAGCCAGAAUUCCAAGGUCCUCAGGCUAAAAGAGAUAAUAUAAGUCCUUCAUUUUACAAUCAUAACAUUUCAUAAAUCAAUACACAACAUUAGUACACAAUGUGAUAUUAUACUAAAAAAUACCAUCGGAGACUUGACAGGGACUCACUUGAGCAGGCCCAUGAUGAAGGCUCGUAGUUUCAUACAGUGGCUGGUCAGCAGGGAGCACUGCCUCACCUUGGACAGCAAGCUGUGGAGCACCCGGGUGGUAGGGCCUGAGACAGGAACAGAGACCAUCAAACUACAACCCCCAUGAGCAACUAUAGCCAUAGCAUCAUCAGCAUCAAACCUACCACAACCCCCCACACCCCACAUAAUCAUUAUCAUCACCACCAUGCAUUUCUGACCUGUGUGAGUGGAGGCCUCCACCACGUUCCAGGCGUGGUUGCGUCGCUGACCGAUGAUUAGGUCCAGUUUGUGGUCCCUGAGACCAUCCUGCAGAAUGUUCUGGAUGGUGGGACACAUAUGCUCCAGAACAAGACCACCAAUGGUGGUACCUAGCCACAUCUGGAGAGAGUGGUACAUUAUCAUAUCAUGAUCAAUAUUUACACCGUAAUACUAAAAUAAUAACAUAUCUUUAUGGGGGUUGAUUCAUCCUAUCAGGACUACUGUAGGUUUUUGUGAUUUGUCCGGUUAUUCUAGUUCCUUUCAGAUUGCUUUUAGCUCAGAUGCACUGUACCUUUUCCCCAGGAUCUCGACUGGAGCCAAAAUGAGCCAUGAUCAAAUCCACUGCCAAGCUCACAGAUUUCAGCAGACCUGGACAAACAUGAAGAGGGAAGAAGCCCAUCAAGAGUUGGCUCAUUUCCUAUUCUGUACCAUGCAGGGGGUUAUCAACAUACCUGAGGGGACUGACAUAAAAGACUAUCACAUUUUGAUUAAUUAACCAGAACCAGGGUUGGGACACAUUGGUAUCCAUGGUACAUUUACAAUGUGCAGGGAUACUGGACAUGAUUCAUGAUUGUGAGGCAGUAAGGGUGGGUCUGGAGAGAAGGACACCAGCAGGUCUGGAUGAUGGGUGUGACUACAUGAUUCAUCCACCAUGGUGAAGAAGAAGGAAGGGAAGGGUAAGAGAUACAAUGCUCUAUUACUACUCUCCCCCAUUCUCUCCAUUUCUCUCCUUUCCUCUCCCUUCCGCUCUCCUUUUCUCUCCCUUCCACCAUCUUGUCUGGCUCUCUCUAAAAUGCCAGGGUACAAUCUUCAUGCAUAUUAAAUCUGCCUAGUGCUCUCCCCUGCCAAGCGGACAGUGCAUCACCUUGCAAGUUUUGCUUUCACAAGACAAUGUGCAUACCAGCAUGUGAUUAACAUUUAUAUUGUUUGGUUAUAAAAAUGUGUGUCUUUA